ACUGGUGAGAACCAGUUCCAAGUGAAGCGAGCUAAGGUUACACAUCCUCACUGAUCAUUCUAGAUUACUGGUAAAAACAAUGUGGUCACAAAAUCCACGUGAGAGAAAAAGAAGCAUGUAAUUCGAAACCGUUAAACAGAUCGAAAGACAUUGUAACGACAUCUCGCGGAACAAUUUUACGCGCGAAUUAUCACUAAUGAAUUUUUACAUUUAUGCAAUUAUUCGAUGAUACGAUAGUUUAAAAUAUAUAUAUAUGUUCCACUCGCGAUUAAUCCUUUCACGAAAAAAUCUUAAAUUUAAUGGAAUCGAUAUAUUGAAAUGAAACUGGUCGCUCGCCACUCGAAUCCUCGCAAUGAGCCACUUGAUUCUUAAUGAAACUAUUCAACGAUUCCUUUCGCGGAUUCAUAUCUUAGUUGAGAUUUCAAUCGAUCACAGCUUGUUUUAUUGUUGAAAGAGUAAAGACACUCGAUUGUCGGUUUUAUUAACUAGAUUCUUUUCACAUUUGAAAUUUAAGACAACACGACGCCGUAUCACUUCGAGUUUCCACCGUUUACUACCUGAUGUUAGCCACGAGGCAUAAUUGUCGCGCAGAUCGCAUGACUAUCGAUUAUCGGAAAUAGUUCGAUUUCUCUAGAGAAUCUCGCAGUGAUCUCGCUGCAGUGUUGUGAAUAUCAUGAGUGACAUUGACAUUCGAAUUCUUGUUAGUGCAGUGAAAAAAUCGAAAAGAAAAAUGUUAUUAUGAACGAAGAAUUGUGUAAUGAAGAAAAAAAAUUGCAGCUGGAAACCAGAAUUCAAGAAAUUGCCCAAAAAUGUAGAAAAGACGAGAGGGGGCCAGAUCGGGGAAAAGUUAGAACACGGACAUCAAAGUAAACCGGGGAUGUUGGAAAAUGUUGUCGCCGAAAAGACACUCUCGCCGCCAUCGUGAUCGCGUUUCCUAAUUAGAUUAGGAACGGCCGAUUAUUCGAAAAUUGGCUGGCUGAUCCAAUCCCCGAAAUUUUUUUGCCCGAUGUGACGGAUGUGCGAAACUGUGUCGAGGAGAGCGAGGUUUCCGUUUCAAACGCGAAUUCGUAGAAUUACAAAAUUAUGCGGAAUAGAAGACAAAGUGGGGUGUCGCGAGUGAAUAGGGUGACUAGGCGUUGCUCUUUCGUGGACAAGGUGCCCUAGAGUUCCCUAGACAUGGCUCGGUGUCUGUCGUGAGCCGUGAUCCGCAAAGUGACAAAGUUUGGGACAAAUCCAACGGAUUCGUUGGAACACCGGCCAGAUCGAUACGAUUUGUCCACGACAUGGAGGGGGAUCUGAUCACCUCUUGGACCGGCAACCUGACCGCGAUGUUGCACCACCUGCCCUGUAACGACAGCUUCCUCGGAUGCGUGGAGGAGUGUGGAUUCGCCUCGUCGGGAUUCGACCACGUGUGCACGGUCGAGAAGGGAACCUUGGCUUCGUCGAUGACUCUGCUCUGCAGGCCCUGCGAUUACUCCAACUGCGACGUGAACGUAUCCCUGGUCCUCAGCGGACUCGAGAGCAUAGAGGGCGUUUUCCUGUCGAGGUUGUCGAGGUUCAACGAGUGCAACGAGACCGAUUUUGGCGAUCAGAUUUUGGAGUGCACGGCGACGGAGAACGCGACGACGGAAGACCUGACCGUCUCUUGUUCGCACAGGACGAAGUUGAGCUCGGCUGGGAGCAGAGGCCGACGUCUCGACUGGAACUUUCUCUUCGUCGCUGUGUUUAUCGUGGCGGGUGGCCUGGGGAACAUACUCGUCUGCCUCGCAGUGGGGCUCGACAAAAGGCUGCACAACGUCACCAAUUACUUCCUUUUGUCUCUCGCGGUGGCCGAUUUACUCGUCAGCCUGUUCGUCAUGCCUCUAGGCGCGAUCCCUGGCUUCUUGGGGUACUGGCCAUUCGGAGUGAUGUGGUGUAACGUGUACGUGACGUGCGACGUGCUGGCCUGUUCCGCGAGCAUAAUGCACAUGUGCUUCAUCUCGUUGGGCCGGUAUCUCGGCAUCCGGAAUCCUUUGCGGACGAGGCACACGUCCACCAAACGGAUGGUCGGCUUCAAGAUAGCGGCUGUGUGGUUGCUCGCCAUGUUGGUCUCCAGCUCGAUCACGGUUCUGGGCAUAAUAAAUCCUCUGAAUAUUAUGCCACGGCCGGGGGCAUGCGUGAUCAACAACAGAGCGUUUUUCGUGUUCGGCUCCCUGAUCGCCUUCUACAUACCCAUGAUCGUCAUGGUAGCCACUUACAUUCUGACGGUGCAGCUGCUCAGGCAAAAAGCUCGUUUCAUCGCGGAACAUCCCGAACGAGAUCAGUUUCGAAGGCUGGGAGGCAGAUACUUCUCGACCAAGGCCUCUUCCACCGCCACUUCGACCGUGGAAACCGGCACCUCUUCGUCAUCGCGGUACACGUGGAGGACUUCCGGCGGUGUCGGAAGCGACAGUUUAACCAAAUUAAACGCGGAGGCUCUGUACCGUCGCAAACAUAACAGGUGCAGGGGGGCAAGGUCGGCCGCAAAGUCUCAACCGCAGUUGAAUUUCGCCGUGAACGGGGCGAGUAACCCGGCCGGAAGCGGAACGACGAGACUGGCGACGAAAGUGGAUCAAGCGACGCAAACGCCUGAGAAUAUCGCCCGUGAAACAAGGAAUUUCACUCUGAAGGCUUUGAAGCUCCAAUUAAACGUCACUCCCAACACCCUGAAUCUCAGGUUUCUCCCCGGUAGAACGAAGAGGAGAUCGUUGGCCGCGAACGCCGUUGCAACGGAGCAGAAAGCCAGCAAGGUGUUGGGCCUGGUUUUCUUCAUGUUCGUGCUCUGCUGGGCCCCGUUCUUUCUCUUGAACAUAUUUUUCGCCGCGUGUCCCGAGUGCUCGGUGCCGGUACACGUGGUCAACGUAUGCCUGUGGCUCGGCUACGUGUCCUCCACGAUCAAUCCGGUCAUCUACACCAUCUUCAAUAGAACGUUCAGGGCUGCGUUCAUCAGAUUGUUGAAGUGCAAGUGUUCCAGGUCAGCAAGGCCGAGACAUCGUUCGGUGACGGAAAGUGGACGAAACGCGAUGAGCCUGUGCACCCCGACCGCGCUGCCAUUGGUCAUUAGUCUUCAGGGUACGCCGUUGUUGACGCCAACACCGAAUCCGACGGCCACGCCUGCCUCGGCAACCUCCUACGUGACGAUGAUGCAUCGCACGCCAACCUCCCUUUACCGUGACACUUUUCAUCAACAGGAGCACGAUCAGAAUUGUUGAGGAGAACAAAAGUGUCCCUCCUCCCGGGGAUGCGAGAUCGAUCACGGGUGGAACGCUCCACGAUUCCUCGUAUCGAGGGGAUUUCUGUUCUUUUUUUUCUUUUUUUUUUUUUCCAUCUUUGUGAAAAUUAUCGAUGGAUUCCGUUAUGCGAAUUCUGAAAGGAAGGGGAAGUACGUACAAAAGUUUUCCAACUAGAAAUUAUUAUUCCCCCUUAUUUACGCGAGAAGAGAUGAAAUGAAAUUAAAAAUCCUUCGAAUAUGGAUGCGUAAUGGAGAGAAAUCGAGUAACUCGAGAGAAUGUUUGACAUUGAUCUAAAAAUACCUGCCGCACAAUUUUUGCCUCCGUGUCUUUUCAUGCUCAAUCGUGGUAGAGGAAGAACAGCAAAGAAUCCCGAGAAGAAAUAUAUAUAUAUAUAUAUAUAUAUAAAUAUGUAAAUGUGAUAAAACAUUUUGUAUUGUCGUUUAUUUUCUUCUGGAAAUUUUCCAGACGAUGCAAAGAUCGUUGAUCCAAGUGUUUCAUCGAACCAAAGAUUAUUCUUAAGUGGAAACGUACCUUUUAGAGAGAAGUGAUAACGAAUUAGAAGUAAAAUUGCAUGGAAUAAAAAAUAGCGCGUCGAUUCCAUCGUAAUCCAUGAUCGCGCGGACGAUCAUUUUUCAUCGAUCUUGUAUCUCUUCUUCUUUNUUUUUUUUUUUUUUUUCUUUUUUUUCCGAUACGUGUCGAUUAAAACGCACUAUCGUCUGUGAUACCGAUGGAAAAAAUAUUUCUUCGUUCCACCGCGGAUAUUGAGAUUAUUCCUCGGUAGAAAAGAGAUUCGAUAAAUAAAACAAUCAAGAAGAAAUUAAAUAAUAAAGAAUAGAAUCUUAUUUACCUAUAGAAUUUUCUCGAUUUUAAAUCCAUCGUUGUUGAGAUCGACGAAAUUCCCACACUUUCCAGCCAGGAAGAAAGAAAGAAAAAAAAAAAAAAUGUCAUUCCUACUUUACCUUCAUUUGUACUAACUUUUAUUUGACAAAUAAAAAGUAUCCAUUACAAAUAAUUGUAAACUGUAUAUCUUAUAUAAUACACACAUCGUGAUACGAGCGAGAUUACGAUUCUCUCUCUCUCUUUCUCUCUUAUCCAUUCUCUCAUGCAUACAUUUUUCAUCUUAAUUGUACACGCACACCACUUUCUCCCUCUCUUUCUCUCUCUCUCUCUCUCUCUCUCUCUCUCUCUCUCUCUCUCUCUCUCUCUCUGUCUCGAUUUUCUUUUUCUUCUUUUCCUCGGCCGAUUCACAAUUACUGGAACUUUCUUCCAUCUGUGUCUUCCCUCGACACGCGUUCGCACAAACACACACAGAGACACACACGCUAAACACACCAAUUUCUCUCCCUCUCACGCAUUUCGUGUGUGUAUAUGUAUGUAUAUGUAUUUAUGUAUGUUUCUCUGUUUGUUGCCUGUUUCUCGUGUGUUAUUCUUAUUACAUAAAUCGAUCUCGGAGUAUAAUGAAAAAAUGUUCCGUGCCGCUUCCAUUCUACUAUUCAAAAUUUAUUAUCUACGUUUGACGCCAAUUCGAAAUAAUAUA